CUAGCGCAACACCUCAAACCCGAGCAUUCAUUCACUCAUUAUUUCAUAUGAAUCACUCAGACACGCCGCAAGAGAUUUUGCCUUCUGAAAACUUCAUAAUUAACGAUCCGAAUUCAUUGUGACGCUGAUAAACUACAGGUCCAUGAUGGAUUUACUGGCAGUUCUGGACGAAUUUAGCCAGCUGUCAUCACGGAGUGCUUUCUUAUCGUUGUUGGCAUGUCUAAUGCUCAUGUUCUUCUUGCGUCGAUCCGGUCAGCGGCAGUUACCGGGUCCGUGGCCGUGGCCGUUAAUCGGUAACGCCGCUCAGCUCGGCACUUCGCCUCACUUUUACUUCACCCGGAUGGCUAAGAAAUACGGCGACGUGUUUCAGAUCAAACUGGGCAGCCGAACUGUGGUGGUUCUGAACGGCGAAGUGAUCAAAGAGGCGUUGAUUAAAAAAGCCGUCGAUUUUGCCGGCAGACCCGAUUUCGCGUCGUUCCGAUUCGUGUCCGACGGGAAAAGUUUGGCGUUCGGAAACUACAGCAAGUGGUGGAAAUUGCAUCGCAAGGUCGCUCAAAGCACCGUGAGAAGCUUCUCCACGGCCAACAUCCACACCAAACAGACGUUUGAGAAGCACAUCGUGGGUGAGAUCGGAGAGUUGAUUCAUCUGUUUCUGAACAAAACUCGCGAGCAGAAAUACUUCGAGCCGCACAGUUAUCUGGUGGUCUCGGUGGCGAACAUCAUGACCGCCGUGUGCUUUGGAAAUCGAUACUCGUAUGAUGAUGCAGAGUUUCACCAGGUGGUGGGGAGAAACGAUCAAUUCACGAAGACAGUUGGAGCUGGAAGCAUGGUGGAUGUGAUGCCCUGGCUGCAGUACUUCCCAAAUCCGAUCAAAACUCUCUUUGGGCAGUUUAGAGAGCUCAACAAGGAGUUUCAUGUGUUUAUCAAUACCAAAGUGGUUGAGCACCGUAAGACGUUUUCGUUGAGCCUAAUCCGUGAUAUGACUGACGCAUUCAUAAUUGCUCUGGAUAAAGGUCUGUCCGGGGGCCCAGGGGUCUUUCUGGGUAAAGAGUUUGUGUCACCGACCAUGGGAGAUAUCUUUGGGGCGAGUCAAGACACUUUAUCGACAGCUCUGCAGUGGAUCAUUCUGUUACUAAUCAGGUAUCCAGAAGUUCAGAAACGCCUGCAGGAGGAUAUCGACCGAGUGGUGGAUCGCAGUCGCCUUCCAACUAUUGCAGACCAGCCUCAUCUUCCGUACAUCAUGGCCUUCAUCUACGAAGUCAUGCGAUUCACUUCAUUCGUCCCCGUAACGAUUCCCCACAGCACGACCACAGACACGUCCAUCAACGGCUAUCCUAUCCCAAAAGACACUGUCAUUUUCGUCAACCAAUGGUCUUUGAACCAUGACCCGAACAAAUGGGAUCAGCCAGAGGUAUUCAACCCAGAGCGUUUCCUGGAUGAGGAUGGAGCUCUCAACAAGGACUUAACCACCAACGUGCUGAUAUUCUCUGUGGGAAAGCGCAGGUGCAUUGGUGAGGACUUGUCUAAAAUACAGCUCUUCCUCUUUACCUCCUUGCUGGUCCAUCAAUGUAAUUUUACAGCAGAAAGAACUCCCAGUAUGGACUAUAUGUAUGGGCUCACACUUAAGCCAAAAGCCUUUAAAGUGGCUGUCACGCUCCGUGACAAUGCAGAACUUCUGGAGAACUUGGAAGGAGCUUCUCAAACUCCUACACAAGAGACAAAGACCUCAAGUUUGAAGUGAAAUUAAAGCACACAGUUAAAAUACUAAAACUUUUCCAAAUGAAGGUUGCAAAGAAAACAAACUCUGAAGAAAAUCUCAAAGUGUGUGAAUGAAUAUCAAGAUAUUUCUAGACAUCAUACUCAGGCAAAACAUUUUCCUUUACCAGAACGAACUACAGAAAAGCAUUUGCUUGUCAAAAUGUCAUUACAUGAUGCACUGAUUUAUGGUAUAUUCUGCAAAACUAGCAAAGCAUAACCUACACAACAAGUCCAAGCAGUUCUCAAAGACAUUAUAUUGUAGUUAACUUUAUUUAGACGAAUAGCUUCCAUGUUUGAUUUACUUGCAUAGCAUUAUUCAUAUGAGAGAUGUGUAUGUUACUAAUUUAACAUUAACCAAAGUUGUAGUUGGGCUGCAGCACAUACGUUAUUCCUCAGUUAGAGGAGAUUUGCCCUUAAGAUACUUUAGUCUCUUUAUGUCACAUAUGUGUAGUUAGGCCAAAAGAGGAUGAGUUGAAGGUAGUGCUCACAAAAAUUAAAUCUGAUGUAUAUCUGAGUGAUAAAGGAUAUUCAGCGAGAGAGAAAAAACAAGUAGGGUGGGGCUUGACCCACCAGGAACUGACUCUAUUGUGAGAAGUGGCAUAUCAGAAAGAAGCCUGGUGUUUGGAGGGAGGGGUUAACAAAUAAGAGGGAUUCGUGAUGUCAUCCAGAAAGCGAAGUUGUUUCAGAGGCGGAGCAAGUUAUUACAUUUUGAUAAAAGGUUACAAAGGCAAUCUGUUUAUUUAUUUGCAAUUGCACACAACAAUGAAUUGUGGACAGUUAAAAAACCUUGUCUCAUGGAAUCAAGUUGCUAAAUGUCCAUUUUUGCAAAAUUACUUUUACUUUGCAGUUCACAGCAGUUUCUUGGUUAUAUAAACACUAGAGGUGAACAAAAAUACUUUUAUUCAUUUUCAAACAAAUCACGAGAUAAACAGCAGAUUAUCAGUGCAUAAACACUUAAUUUUUGCCAUGUUCCUUACACAAUGCUAUCUUAUGACAUCUAAACACUUACUUUAGUGCAUGACUUGAAAGGCUAGGCUAUACAAUAUACACUGAGCACUUUAUUGGGAACACUAUGGUCCUAGUAAAGUGCCCGACAUGGUCUUCUGUUGUUGUUGUCCAUUCACUGCAUUCAGAGCUUUUCUGCUCACUACAAUUGUACAGAGUGAUUAUCUGAGUGACCGCAGCCUUUCAGUCAGCUCGAACAAGUCUGGCCAUUCUCUGUUGACCUCUCUGGGACUGCCGCUCACUGGAUGUUUUUUUGGCACCAUGGAAAUCUAGAGACAGUUGUGCGUGAAAAUCCCAGGAGAUCAGCAGUCACAGAAAUACUCAAACCAGCCCGUCUGGCACCGGUAAUCAUGCCAUGGUCAAAAUCUCUGAAAUCAAAUUUGUUCCUAAUUCUGAUGAUUGAUGUGAACAUUAACUGAAGCUCCUGACCUGUAUCUGCAUGAUUUCAUGCAUUGCACUGCUGCCACAUGAUUGGCUGAUUAGAUAAUCACAGGAAUAUGUAAGUGUACUGGUGUUCCUAAUAAAGUGCUCAGUGAGUGUGUUUUAACGAUUAGAUAUAACCAACUACAUUGACAGGCUUGUUUACACAUGAUGAAAUUGCGUGGUAGCUCAACGGAUAAAGUGCUGCACUCGCGUUGGACCGUUGUACGAGUCCCUCAGAGAAUGUGAGUUGGCACGUGAGUUGAAUGUGUCAUAGAAGCACCACAAUAUGAUGUAGUUGCUUCAGCAAUUGCGUUUUUGAUGUCACAUUUUAAGGUUUAAGUUAGGUUGGUAGGUUUAGUUGAUUUAAAACGUAAAAAUAUGUCUCAAGAGAAAAUUUUACGCCACAAAGUGGACAUUUUACCUCGUAACUGCUGCAAAACUUGUAAGGAGUCAAGUAACAUAAUUUUGCAAAAAUGUUGCCAUAGUCAUGUAAUUGUCAUGAGUUCUGUCUGUAACUAUGAUCAUUUGUGUGCAUUCAAAAAAUAAAUUGGGUCGAUUUUAAUUUCAUGUUGACAAACAUAUUUGUUUCUGGGAUGUACAGAAACAGUGUCACUGCUCUGUUUUUACUUUUAAAUGACUGCAACACGUUUUAUUCCCAUUUUGUUUUUGAGGGCACUUUAUUUCUAAUUAGCCCUGUGCUGCAUUGUAAACAUCACUAUAUAAUGCUUAGCAAAUGAGAACUUUGUAGAAUAUAAUCUUACAGCACUUUACACAUUGUUCCUGUAAAUCAGUGUGCUCCUUAAUAAUGUUUCUUGAUUCUCAAUUCAGCUUUUUUGAGGUCUGUGCCUUGUGAUUAUAGGCUUCUUAGCAUUAACCUAUAACUAACAAAAGAACAUACAGUGGGUGGGAAAGAUUACCAGGUCAUCUUUCAUUGAUAUCUGGCACAUCCCUUGGGUCACUCCUAUCUAAGGGAGUCAUGAAGGUGAAUUUCAGGGUUUGUUAACUAACAUAUAGGCUAUAGUGUGUUAUGGUUACUAAUUUUAGCUUGUUUCUACCAACUGCUGUAUAUAUAUUAAACUGUAUAGUGAUAUUUGAUCUGCUGUAAUAUAUAACUGUAAUAGCAUAGUGUGGUUUUUUUCUGUUUUAGAAAAUGACAUUUUAUGUGCAUAAAGAUUGAUAUAGGUUUGUAACUGAAUAGGUGAUAUUAAGAUCCCAUUAUGUGCUACAAACACGUAAUAUUAUAUUUUUCUACUUCAUAUAAGCUCUGACAUUUGGCUGCUCUGUGAUUUCUAAACUGCAUACUGUUUACAGUUUUUGUGAUUAAAUGUAGUGCCAUUUUAAAUAUGCUUUAUAUCUUAUGGCUA